UUAUCUUCAAAACCGAUUGAUAUCUCAAUCCAAACGUACUUACACCUAAAAUUUAGCCUCUUUUUUUCUUGAGAUUUAACACCAUGGCUGCAGAAAUGGUGGGUGGAGCUCUUCUCUCUUCUGUGCUUCAAACACUGUUCGGAAAGUUAGCUUCACGAGAGGUUGUAGACUUCUUCAGGAGAAAGAAAGUCGAUGAUGGUUUACUCAAGAACCUGAAAACUACGUUUUUGUCAGUCAACAUUCUGCUCAACGAUGCUGAAGAGAAGCAAAUCAGAAACCCGGGCGUGAGGAAGUGGCUCGAUGAGCUCAUAGAAGCAACUUAUGAUGUUGAGGACUUGAUGACUGAGAUUACAACGAUCAAGUUCGAGCAAGAUCAAGGCUGCACCAGCUCAAGUCAUCAUCAUCAGAAAGAUGUGCUUGAUUUGAAAUCUGUUACACAAAACAGACACUUACAGAGAUUGCCUGCUCCUUUGGCUCAAGAGUCUAGUGUUUAUGGGAGGGAUGAUGAUAAAGAGUCUAUAGUGAAUUCGUUGUUGUUGUCAGAUAAUAAUUAUGAUGAUGUUAAUGGUAAUAAUAGUGAUAAGAUAUCUGUGAUUCCAAUUGUGGGGUUGGGUGGAAUUGGUAAGACCACACUUGCUCAGCUUGUUUAUGAUGAUGAGAGAGUGAAAAAACACUUUGAGCUCAAAGCAUGGGUUACAGUGUCAGUUGAAUUCGACAUUUUGAAAAUAACAAGAAUGAUUUUGGAGAGGGUGUCGAUGAAGAAAUGUGAGAAUGAGGACCUAUAUGAGCUUCAAACUAAGCUGAAAGAGGCUUUGUUGGGGAAAAAGUUUCUGAUUGUUCUUGAUGAUGUUUGGAGUGAAAACUACUCCCUUUGGGAUGUUUUAAGAAGUCCAUUUGAAUUUGGAGCAGAAGGAAGUAAAAUCAUUGUCACCACACGCAGUGAAAUUGUUGCAUCAAAAAUGGGCAGUGUUCCAUCUUAUGAACUACAAGUAAUGUCAGAUGAAGAUUGCUGGUGCUUAUUUUCAAAACAUGCCUUCAACAAUGGAGACUUGAAUGCAUACUCAGAUUUACAAGAAAUUGGUAGAGAAAUUGUUAAAAAGUGCAAGGGACUUCCUUUGGCAGUAAAAUCACUUGCUGGUCUUCUGAGAGCUGUGCUAAAUCCCGAAGAGUGGAGAAGAAUUUUGAAAAGUGACAUAUGGGAAUUGCAGCUGCAAGAAAAUGACAACAACAACAACAACAUUCUUCCAGCUCUGUGGUUGAGUUACUAUUAUCUUCCAUCACAUCUUAAGCGCUGCUUUGUAUUCACCUCAGUGUUCCCUAAAGAUUAUGAGUUUGAAAAAGAAAAAAUAAUCUUGAUGUGGAUGGCUGAAGGUCUUCUGCAAUCUGACACAGAAAAAACACAAGAAGAUGUUGGAGAAGAGUACUACCAAGCUUUAAUUUUAAGGCUAUUGUUCCAAAGAUCAAGUAGAGAUGAAUCAACUUUCUUCAUGCAUGAUCUUGUCCAUGAUCUUGCCAUUUUUGUAGCAGGAAAGUUUUCUUUCAGGUUGGAUGAUGAUAAUCUACACAAGGUUGCUAGCGAAAUUCGACAUUUAUCGUGCAAAAGUUAUGUGAGUUUGUCUAAACUCAAGAGUUUGCGCACCUUCAUUGCAAUACCAUCGUUCACAUUAGAUGGAUCAUCAUCGGUAAAUCACUUGGAUUUGAGUGAGCAUUUUUUCAUAGGUGGGUGCUUGAGAGUACUCUCUUUAUCUCAUGCUUUGAUCAAGAAAUUGCCUGAUUCAAUAGGCAAUUUGAAGCAUCUAAGGUACUUGGAUUUAUCUUCCACUGAAAUUGUUGAGUUGACUGAGUCCAUUUGUUCUUUGUUCAAUUUGCAAGCACUCCUCUUGUCCAAUUGUCGAAAUCUUACUCAGUUACCGGCUAACAUGGGAAGUCUAGCCAACUUGCGCCACCUCGACAUUGCAGACACACCAAUCACAGAAAUGCCAGCCUUAAUGUCCAAUCUGAAAGACUUGCAAACAUUGCCUUAUUUUGUUUUGAAUGAACAUGGUGGCUCUAGAAUUAAGGAGCUAAGAGAGCUGCAGCAUCUUCAUGGAACACUUGUCAUUGCAGGGCUUGAAAAUAUAGUCAAUGUUGAGCAUGUAUUGGAGGCAAAUUUGAAGGACAAGAAGUGUCUUAGAGCACUAAGCUUGAAAUGGCAAUAUGGUGAUAUUGAUGAUUCACAAAAGGAAAGAGAAAUACUUGAUGGUCUCCAACCUCACACAAAGUUAGAGAAUCUCUACAUCAGUGGCUACAGAGGUACAAAUUUCUCAUCAUGGAUAGGAGACUAUUCAUAUUCUAGUAUGGUAGAGGUUCAUUUACUUAACUGCAAAAGUUGUUGGUUUUUACCUCCAUUUGGGCAGCUACCUUCCCUUAAAAAGCUUCAAAUUUUGGCAUUUGAUAGUGUGGUAACAAUAGGUGCAGAAUUUUACUCGAGUGGUUCUUCUCAGGUGAUCAAGCCAUUUAGAUCCUUAGAAAUUCUGAAUUUUCGCUUCAUGUCGGAGUGGAAGGAGUGGUCAUUCAUUAAAGUCGAAGAAGGUGGAGUUUUUCCUCGUCUUAGGGAACUUAACCUUGAAGGUUGUCCAAAACUAAAUGUACAGCUACCAAAUUCUCUUCCCUCUUUAACAAAGCUUCAAGUAUGGAGAUGUAGACAACUGUUGCCUCUACUUCCAAGGCCUGAUCACACUGCAUUUCCAUGCCUUAGGACUAUGGAUAUAUACAUGUGCCCAGAACAAGAAUCAUUUUUGGAAGGUGGGUUCCCUUCAAGUAUAACUUCACUUCAAAUUUUCAACUGCAACAAGCUCGAGUCCCUCAAUGGCAAAGGCUUUCAAGGCCUGAAUUCUCUUCAAGAGUUGGUUAUUGGUAGGUGUCAAGAGCUCAAAUGUCUACCAGACGAAGGAUUGCCUGAUUCUCUUCUGCAUUUGUGUAUAAGUGAUUGUCCUUUGCUACAACAGCGGUGCCAAAGAAAUGAAGGUCAAGAUUGGACUAAGAUUGCUCAUAUUCCUCGAAUAGAUAUUGAUUGGGAACUGAUUUGAAGUUCAUUGAGCAGUUGUUCUCUUCUUUUAAUGUUACUGCAAAUUUAUCCAUGUAAUAUAUAUUUUUUAACCGUUUGUAAUAACUCACUAUGCCUAAUUGUUGUAUUUUUCCUCAUUGUUUACUCUUCUUAUAAGGUCUGACCAAUUGAUGCCUGCAUGUAAUUAACUGGGAAAUAUUUUUCACUCAAUGUUGAACU